AUGUGCUACUACGGCAACUACUACAACAGCCUGGGCUGUGGGUACAGUGGCCUGGGUUGUGGCUAUGGCUGUGGCUAUGGCUGUGGCUAUGGCGGGUGUGGAUAUGGUUGCUGUCGCCCAUCAUGCUGUGGGAGAUACUGGUCCUACGGAUUCUACUGA